UAAUCCCUCUCUUAACCAAAAUCUGCCACUUAAAGUUUUGGAGUUAACUUCAGAGUAACUUCCGGAGUAGGAGGAAAGGAACAAAAAAGAGCAAGAUUAAAUUUUUUAGGUGUUGAAAUAGGAUGUAUUUAUUAAGAAAGAUGAGAAUAAGAUAAAGAUGAAAACAGUGUAAUUUCUUGGAGAUGGUGAAGAUGAGUACAAGUGAGAAAUACGAAAAAUACAGUGGUUGAGAAAAGAAAAGAGAGAAAAUGAUGGGCCGUUGAUAAGCUAAAGCAGUUAUUCUCGUAGAGCACUUCUGUCUGUCGGUACAUCUCGGUAACUCUCUUCGCUUCAAGCUAUUUAUGCUUCUUUCUCUUUUUCAUAUUUACAAGAAACAGUAUAUACUCUGUACUGAGAUUUCGAACUCUGUCAGCGAUCAGGUAUCGAGGUGAGGACAUUCUCUGUCCACAGUAUACGCGACCCUCGAUGAUGCUUAAACUCAUCAAAUAUUCGGUCAAGUUCUUGCCACCCGCUAAAACUUACAGAUGACUACACGAUUAUAUACACGGUUAUACGAUUACGCGAUAGUGUCUAGUCAUUUAUUGUCUUAAUGACAUUUCCUUGACAAUUAUUUGCGAGCUGCUAAUAAUUAAGUGUCCUUAGUUUAAAUAAAUAAGUUAGUAUGCUUAUUUUGUGAAUUACUAUCAUCGAGUUUAAUUCAACUAUUAAUAAAUUAAAGAUUCUUGUGAGAAGAAGUAAUUAAGUGUUACAUGAUUUGUGAAUACUAUUUCUAAUAAUGGAGUUGCAUCAGCAACAUAAUGAAAGACACAAUAUCACUGCUGAUUGUUGCUAUCAAUGGUCAACCCCUCAUACACAUCAUCAUCAUCAUCAUCAACUGCAUCAUCACCAUCAACCACAGCAGCUGGUCCAACCUUCACCAAUGCAACAAAUAGAAGCAUGCUUAGAAACCGCCGGAAGAGCUAAACGUUCACGAUCACCAAAAACUUCUCAAAUUACUGCUGAAAUAUCUUCAACACCUUCACAUACGGAACCGUGCAAUGAUAACAAUAAUAAUCAUCGGACCAGCAAUGAUUCAUUGGGAUCAUCGUCUUCUCCGGAGAACAAUAAUUCCAAAAGACCUCUUCAUCAUGCUCUUAUCGGCGUUGGCGCAGCACUUGAAGCACGACCUCUUUGGGAAGAAUUUCAUCAAUUAGGCACUGAAAUGAUUGUAACAAAAGCCGGAAGAAGAAUGUUUCCUACUUUUCAGUGUCGACUUUUUGGGCUAGAACCCAACACUGAUUACCUCUUAGUAAUGGAUUUUGUACCUUGUGAUGAUAAGAGGUAUAGAUACGCUUUUCACAGUAGUGCAUGGGUAGUUGCCGGUCGCGCAGAUCCAAUUUCGCCUCCAAGGAUUCAUGUUCAUCCUGAUAGUCCUGCUAAUGGAUCACAUUGGAUGAAACAACCAAUAACCUUUGAUAAAUUGAAACUUACUAAUAACCAACUUGACGAUAACGGCCAUAUUAUAUUAAAUUCAAUGCACAGAUAUCAACCAAGGUGUCAUGUAGUCGUUGCACCUUCACCACCAGGUUCAGGUCCAGAUCCUCGAACAGAAAACUUUAAAAGUUUUUGUUUUCCUGAAACGCGUUUCACCGCUGUGACGGCAUACCAAAACCAUCGUAUUACGCAACUUAAAAUAGCUAGUAAUCCUUUUGCAAAAGGAUUUCGAGAUUGUGAAUCUGAUGAAUGUGAACCCCCGAAUUCUACAAUACACAAUCCUGCUAAAAGACCAGCUACCACUAAUGUAAAUAUUUCGCCCACCAAUUUUUCAUCGCUUAUUCCAGUGGUGCCUAUAACAGCUAGCAUGACAAGCCCAGAACAUCAUCAUCAAUUCUAUACGAGUCCUGCUUCACAUUGGACUUAUCAAGGACAUCAUCAAACUAGUCACAGUACUGGGCAUUAUGUUUCUCAUCAUUCAUCUGGAUCUUCACUUUAUGGUCCACGGUAGUGAAAAUUUAAUGUUAUAUAUUUAAUGAAAUUAAAUUAAAAAAUAUAGAAAUAAUUAUCUCAAGUUCAAUUUGAUCUACAUCUUGUGUACUGAUGCCAAAUAAUAACGAUGCCAAAGUAAAUUUAGUAGUUAUAAUUGCAUAAUCUUUUGCUUUUAUUAGUAUAUGCUUGUUAUUAUCAUCAAAUUUUCGUUUGAACUACGUCAUUCAGUGAUAUAUUUUUUUUUGUUAUAAAUAUUUUCACUGUUCGCGCGACAAAUUGAAAAAAGAUAUAAUUGUACUU